GACUUUUCCCUCGAAUAUUCUUUGAACCGAUAAAACAUUUCUAGGAAAUAUCGGAAUAAAUAUGUAAGGUAUUAUUUUAAGCUUCCUUCUGGAUCAAGAUGAAGAAUAUCUUGAAAUAGCUGAGAAUUGGUUUUAUAGGGCAGUAAUAUACUUCUCAAGUUUUGCAUAACAUUUUGAUUAAAGGAUGGACAAUCCUAUUCAACCUACAAAGCUGUAUAACAGCUUAAUAGAAAUGUGUAUUGUGGUCGGCAUGGAUCAGGAUACUGGUCUCUCACCUUCCUCCAAUAUGAAGAAACGUAAAGUCAAGGUCAACUCCAGUGCUUCAUCACUUUACAGCACCGAUUUUAAAGCCUUUGUUUUAGGUGCCUUGUCUGGUCAGACAGCAAUGUUCCCUAAUACAGAAAGCAAUAUAGAUGGUGGCCCAUUCUACCAGGUUGGAGCAGUUGUAGCUACUCCUCCGGUUAAGAAGAAGAAGAUCAAGACUAGACAUUCAAUGUCAGUUUUGCCUGGAGGAGGAGUAAUGUUUCCAGUUUCUUCACAGGUUUUCAAUAGUUUGCCACCACUUUGCUUGCCAGAGGGUGGAUUUGUCUAUGAGCAGCCUAAAGAUGAAACAGUUCAUCAUUUGGUCCUGACAGAUAUUGACGGAAACAGGACAUAUUCUUGUUGUUUGAGCAUAUACAAACCAUAUAUGGCAAAAGAGAAUGAAAAUGUACCAGGUUCUUAUGACCUUGUGUACAUGGAUCCAAGUUGUGACGAGAAUGCCAUAAAAGAUUCAGAAUAUGUCAAAUGUUAUGUUCCAUUGUGCUGUUGCUUGAUAUCCAAAUAUCCAUACUUCAACAUUUUCAAAGACUGUUUAUCAAGUGUGGUGAAGGAUCUCAAGAUGGAUUCCCUGUCAUGCAGGACGUCCCUCAUGCAGUUCAUCUCUCAGCUAGCAAUGGUACCCACUCCUCCACCGGGAUCUUUGGGGAUCGAAUUCAAUUUAAAUGGCGUUUCUAACUUCUUGAAGCCGGCCGUUGAACCAGAAUUGAGGAUUGUAGAUCUCGACCUUCGCUACCCAUUUCUUUGUUUUUCCGUGGAUGACGUAUUGCUUCUCAUCAGUUGCGUCUUGACCCAGAAACGACUCGUUUUCGUGUCCUCCAAGUAUUCCUUGCUGACUCUCAUAAUAGAGAGUAUCUUCACUUUCAUCCAGCCAUUUUCCUGGAGUUGGACCUACGUGCCUGUUCUACCAAAUAAUCUCAUAGAUUUAGUCGAAGCCCCUGGUGUCUACAUAUUGGGAUGUCAUAUCUGCUUGAAAAACCAGAUUGAAAGAGUCAUGACAACACACGAGAUGGGAGACAUAAUCAUUGUGAAUAUAGAUGAAGGCACCAUCCAGAAGGGUGAGAAUGUGACAGUACACAGCAUCCCAUCUAACAUCGCUUCUCAUUUCAAGGACUGGAUGAAAAAGGCUACUCUGCAGUUCGAUUUGAUGACAGCAAACAGGCCAUCCAUCUCCAACAUGUCCGAAUACAAAGUGGCACGCAACGCUUUUGAGCGGGAAUUUCAAAGCAUCGUUUUAACAGCUACAUUGGAAAUGAUGGCUAGAAUGUUCAGUGAUAUGACGACACAUCAAGGGAAGCUUUACUUUGAUUUAGAUGGUUUCAUUGCAUCUAAACUCGACGAAGAUCGGCCAUUUUAUGAAGAGGUGUGCGAUAGCCAUGCCUUUGGGAGUUUUCUGGAAGAUCGAUUACGUCAUCCUGAUAGGAGAGACUAUUUCUCUGCUAUGAUUGAACGCGUCCAACCUCAAACCAACAGACAAGACUUGAGGAAACGUAGUUCAUCGCUCAUGGCCUCAUCAACAACACAGCAGACCCCAUCCACGCCUAACGAUCAAUGUGUUGAUUCUCAAUCAAUGUCUGUUUUGUCUUUACCACCAUUUACUCUUGAGGGUCUCUUUACUGGAAGUUUUUAUGACGACUGCUUGAACGACCUCACAGAAAAAAUGAAGAAUCUGGAGAACUCCUCUUCUCUUCUUCUGGGCAAUUAUCUAUAUCUGAGAGGAAUGUUCAAUAUUGCUCGUGGCAACCGAAUUCAGGGCCUUGAAGAUUUCUUUGCCGUUUCUUCAAGAAAUGUGCAGCUUUUCCCAUCAAGCCUCGUUGAAAAUGUUCUAUCAGAAUUAACAAAAGAAGAAGAAGCUAUUCUUCAAACCAAAAGCUUCUUUGGAAGAGCGAGACAAAUAAAGUACAAGAAAAAGGAGGUGGAGAAUAGUCGUCGAGAUAGAAAACAAGUGGUGACGUCAGCAGUUCCCACGAGUCCUCUCGACAAAGAAAUGUUCAAGAAGCGAGUGGGAAUGCUGGAGAUUGCAACGAGUUCAGCAACAGCCGAGAAGCUCUUCGAAGUACUAACCUUGUACAGACAAGUUGACGCAGUUGUUGAUCCUGAUGUCUUCAGUCAUUUCUAUGAGGCUUUAAGCGAGACUGACCGUGAAGCACAAGGCUUAAAUCUGAAUGGAGUCACCUUGGAAUCAGGAGAGUCAUUCGUUAUGAUAUCGCCACUGAUCAGAACCGAUCGUGCCAUGGGAAGAUUAAUUGUCACUAACAAAAGGUUGGUUUUCAUGGAAGACGGUACUCACCAAUGUGAAACCGUCAUGUGGUUUGAAGACGUACAGAGCGUAGAAAACUAUCAACACUACGUGGUUCUGCCCCCUGGCGUAGCUUCUCUUAAAAUCACCAGCAAAAAUAAAUGUACUCCUCCAUUUAUAGCUUGUCUGAAGGAGGACAGAAAUUUCUGGUAUGAAUGCGUUAAAGAGCUCAUUGCUGGCUGGAAAAUAUCAGCAGAAACAAAGGAUACCUUGCCGAUCAAGCAGGCCUCUCAAAACGUUAUGAUAGCAGAGGCGCUACGAAAAAGCGAUAAUCCAGAUUUAGGGACUUCACAUGUUCUUUUCCUAUGGAAAACUCCUAUUACUUCGCCACUGUCUGAUAAAACUAAAAAGAUGCUGGUGUGGAGAAUAGAUCCAAAUCCUCAAGCUAACGAGUCAGAAACGAGUACAGUGGAAGCAAUGGUUUAUGUUCCAACAGGCGGUGGUUGUGGUGAAGUUUGGUGCGGUCUGGGUUCUGGUGCUGUGGUCGUGAUUGAGACAAAAACAUGGAGCUUCGUAUCGUUGCUUCAGCACGCAAAGGACCGAGUGAGUUGUCUCGUACCUGUGGGAAAUGACCACAUCUGGGUUGGAUCGAUGGACACGACUAUCUACAUUAUCAAUAGACUAACUAAACAAGCUGAUCAGCAACUUCACGGCCAUCCAGACUACAUCUCACACAUGGUCACGACCCAGGACGAUGAUGGAACUGUUACAGUGUGGAGUGCAAGUCUUGAAGGGCUCAUCAUAGGAUGGGAUCCUGUAACAUUAACAGCCAAAAAAACUAUAAAGCUAAAUAAAGUCAAGACUCUGACGUCACUCAUCUCCAUUGGAGAUACCUUCUGGUGUGUCACAAGAGGUGCAGUAUUAAUCGUCGACAGAAAUUCUGACGGAAGUGAUUACAAAUCUCUGACCGCGUCAUCAGAUCAAGGGACUGUGCAGUCAAUCGACUGCAUGUGUUAUGUAUCUGAAACUAACCAGGUUUGGACGGGUAUUGACAAGAAAGGACUGAUUGCAGUCUGGGAUACCAAUACUCAUAGUCACGUGAUACAUACUGUAGAAUCUCAAGGUUUUACUCAGAUGAUUCACUUGUGUGGUGGAAAGGUUUGGGCCGGUGGUCGAGAUGGUAUUGUUCACAUCUUUAAUGCAAAGAACUGUCAUCUAGAGGAGAGUCUUGAGCUCCACGAAGAUCGAAUACGAUCCAUGUGUUUGACCGAAACAGCGUUCAUGCUGACGGGGCCUGGGUCGAGGGAUGGUCGCAUUGCAGUUUGGCAAACUCAUCUGACCAAAGAAAGGACGAUCAAUGAACCAGAUUACGAAGUCGUCGAACAAGAAAUUGUCAAAGACGAUAGUAACAAAUCAAAAAGGUGUUUUAGGAAAAAGAAAGCAAAGUAAUCAAGAGUUAAGGGGGGAAGGGUUGAGAAUGUGAAAAUCUGUGAGUCAAUGUUUAAGUUGUAUGGAAUUACAAGGCUUGAUUUUGAUCCGGUUCGUUUUCCAUAAAUUUCAAAAUAAUCUUAAAUACUACUUCAAAAAUACACCUAACAAACAGUGAAGGAGACUUAUAUAAAAAAAAAAAAAAGAUUAUGGAUAAAGGGAAAUUCUUUUUAGGCCUAGAUUUUUGUAGUGAAAAUUUCAUUGAUAUUUUUUAAUAGAUAUAUAAUAUAAUAUUAAUGAUUAUAGGUAUUCCGUCUGUCUAAAAAGAGGAAAUCUCCAAAGCCUUUUAUUGCCCUGAAACUUUUGAACUGACUCAAAAAAAUUUUAAUCAUUUAAAAAAAAAAAWAAUUGGUAGUUUGUAUUCAAUUAAAUCUUUAUAUUUAAUUUUCUUCGAUUUUUACAAUGUCUUUCUUAAGGAUAAAAGAUCGUAGGAGCAGAUUUUCGUGUUCAGUGUAAUAAAAAAUAAUAAUAAAAUUAA